AAGACUUGAAGACUCGAGUCUUUCAAGUCGUCCAAGACUCUAGAGCCCACCCAUGAAUUCAAAAAGCCGUCUCUGUGCACUGAACCCUAAUUAAAUACAUCACAAUACUGCUUAAUUCUUUGCUAUUAUUCUGAUGCCCUGCCCAGAGCUUCCAUUUUAGGUGAGUGGAAAAGCCGGCUACAAAAUGGCGAUACACGAAAAUGGAUCGGAUCAGGGUUCGAAUCCAGAGCGGGUCAUUCUCGAUGUUAACAAUAAUAGUACCCAAUUCCUCUCCACCGUCAAGAGACAGAGACAGAGACAAAGAGAUCACGAGCACUCUUUGACGGCAACGACAACACCCAUCUACUUCGUCAGCACAGAAACCGACGGAAACAGUAUUGAAAGAAACCAGGAAAAGAGUGGCUCAGAGAAGGAUAUAUUGAGAAGAAAAGAUUAUGAGCAGCGUGUGGUGACAGAAACGAAUUGGAAUAAUGUGGAGCAGCAAGAGAGGAAGAGGCGUUACAGAGGAGUGAGACAGAGACCCUGGGGCAAAUGGGCUGCAGAAAUCAGAGACCCUAACAAAAGAGUUCGUGUUUGGCUCGGCACUUUCUCCACACCAGAAGAUGCAGCCAAAGCUUAUGAUGAUGCUGCUCUAAAAUUCAGGGGCAGGAGAGCCAAAUUGAACUUUCCAGAGGAAGCCUCUCUCUCUUAUAAAAUCAGUGUGAAUUCAAAUCAGAAAAGUCUUCACAGUGGCAGCAGUAUGAAUAAUCCAAGAUUAACAGAUUCCUUUUUUCCACCAACUCAUGAAAUGUCAGCCUUGCCGCGGGUCGCCGCUAAUUCUGACUUGCUUUAUUCCGCACCAUGUUUUCCUCAAGUCACCGACUUUUGUGGGCAUAUGCAAGUGCUAGAAAUGAUGGAUACCUACCUUAUGAUGCAUCUCAGCGCUAUUCUAUCCGAGGUUAGCCCAUGACCAGUUUACCUUAUAAUCAAUUUGGUUGAAUUAUGAUUUAUACUCAGUCUGAGCAGUUUACCUUUUGACCGGCAAAUUGGAGGUGGAGUUCUGAGUGAGUAUUUGGUGAGCGCAUUUUUUAUGAUCUUGUUUUAUUGAAUUUAUAUCAUUUGGACUUUUACAUGUUUUCCUUACCAUGUGCUAUCAUUUGGAAUUGCUCUUGAAACUACCCAUUAGGACUAUGUUUGUUCCUGAACAAGUGGAUCUUAAAUGACCUAACACUUUCUUUUAAUGGCUGCGCCUAAUUUCGAAUGGUUAUGUAUUUAUUGGAUAUGCACUAUGGCUUUAAAACGAGCUGGGCAAUGCUCCUUUACUCUCUGCAGCGUUUGUCGCCUUUAAGUGGCUGCAUCGUGCUUUGUACAUGUUUCGUUUUUCUAUUAUCUUAUGCCAUAGUCGAUUCACAUUGUGGGUGGCUGUGCAAUGAUUGUUUUUUAUGCCUGG